CGGUUUGUAUGUGUGUGAGCGGGUAUGUGAGUGUGUGAACAAGGGGAGGAUUAUUCCUCUGGAAUAGGAAGCGUGACCAGGAACACCUUUAAAGGAACCUCAGCAUGUUGGGAGGAAAAGAAGGAGAGAUGAUGAUUCCUUUGUUGCUUUGAUCAUUUAGUGUCCCUGCUUUCCGUCUGUCUGUGGGAAUGACUUAUUACAGCAACAAGCAAAUUGUUUGUUAUCAAGUUUAAACAGUUCAUGGGCAAAAACAUGGAUCAGGAUUUGUUAUGUAAUUUGCAAUAAAUAAAGAUAUGCUUCAAGUAGAACAGUGAUAUGAAGAGAAGAAGACUGGGUUUCUGAGGACGGACAGACAGACAGUAUUCCCAGGGGCACCUCGCUGGUUCCGCUGGCCACUACAACAGAACAGCUACUUUCCUCUCAAAUCGGAUGUUUUGACAGGACUGCAGACAUGUUGUGUGGUCUGAGGAGAGAGGCGAAGAAUAGCAGCAUCGAUGACGGGCCCUACUCUAAGGGCAACAAGGACUCUGGAGGGACCGACCAUGCCUCCAGGAGACGCAGUAUUGCAGAAGACUACCGGGGUGUGACCACCGUGGACCUAAUAAAGAGGGAGGGCAGCAGCUUGGGCCUCACCAUCUCCGGGGGGUCCGAUAAGGACGGCAAGCCCAGAGUGUCCAACCUACGGCCAGGUGGGCUAGCUGCCAGGAGUGACCAGCUGAAUGUGGGAGACUACAUCAAGUCUGUGAACGGCAUCAACCUGUCCAAGCUCCGCCACGAGGAGAUCAUCAGCCUGCUGAAGAACAUAGGGGAACGUGUGGUGCUGGAAGUGGAGUACGAAUUACCUCCCUUUGUCCAGAAUGCUCCCGUGGGUGUCAUAUCUAAGACCAUAGAGGUGUGCCUAUACAAAGAGGGUAACAGCUUUGGAUUCGUCAUGAGAGGAGGGUUCCAUGAAGACUGGCACAGGUCUCGUCCUCUGGUAGUGACCUACGUACGGCCCGGGGGUCCUGCUGAUAGAGAGGGCACACUGAAGGCUGGUGACCGCGUGCUAAGCGUGGAUGGGAUGCCCUUAAACCGAGAGAAGCACGCUGACACCCUCACUAUGCUGAUGCAGUGUAGCCAGGAAGCCCUGUUCCUGAUUGAGUAUGACGUCUCCGUCAUGGAGUCUGUGCAGCAGGCCUCUGGCCCCCUGCUGGUGGAGAUAGUGAAGUGUCCUGCAGCCAGCCUGGGUGUCAGCCUGGCUACUGCAGUGUACAGGAACAAGCAGGUCAUCGUCAUUGACAAAAUCAAACAGGCCAGUGUGGUGGAGAGGUGUGGGGCAUUGCAUAUAGGUGAUCUUCUCCUGUGUAUAGAUGGGACCAGUACUGAGUACUGUUCCCUAAUGGAGGCCACGCAGCUGUUGGCCCAAACCUCUGACAUUGUUAAAUUGGAGAUCCUGACAGCCAAUCAGAGCAGACUUCCCAUGAGACCUCAAGACACAGUGAAAGUAGAGAAGAGCAACCUUCACCAUUGGGACCCCACUGUUAACUACAGCCACACCCAACACUGCAAGACAUGGAGCAGUCCCAGCCACCCACUCAACCAGCAGGACCACUGCACAUCUCUGGUGUGUGGUGGCUUCUCCCCUUCCUCCACAGCCACCUCAGGGUACAGCAGUAGCCAGGGCAGCAGCACCCUACCCUGCCCCAUCCCAUCCACCAGCCCCCGUAGCACCACACAUAAGAGACGCCAGAGGAGGAAGGAGCACAAGAGCUCAUUGUCCCUAGCAUCCAGCUCAGUGGGCCCUGGGGGUCAGGUUGUUCAUGUGGAGACCAGCGAGGUCAUCGUGAGGGGAGAUCCACUCACAGGGUUCGGGGUUCAGCUGCAAGGGGGUGUCUUUGCCACAGAGACCCUGACCGUUCCCGCAGUCAUCCGCUUCAUCGAGCCUGACAGCCCUGCCGAAAGAUGUGGGUUGCUGCAGGUGGGGGACAGACUCCUGUCCAUCAACAGAAUCCCUACAGAGGAUGGAACACUGGAGGAGGCCAAUCAGCUACUGCGUGACGCUGCUCUGGCCAAUAAGGUCACCCUGGAGAUUGAGUUUGAUGUAGCAGAAUCAGUGGUUCCCAGUAGUGGCACGUUCCAUGUAAAACUGCCCAAGAGGAGAGGAGUGGAACUUGGCAUCACCAUCAGUGCAAGCAAGAGACCUGACAAACCUCUGAUCAUCUCUAAUAUCAGGAAAGGAAGCAUAGCCCACAGGACGGGUACGUUGGAGCCAGGGGACAGGCUGCUGGCCAUCGAUAACGUGCGUCUGGAGAACUGCACCAUGGAGGAUGCUAUGCACGUGCUUCAGCAGGCAGAGGACAUGGUCAAGCUCCGGAUCCAGAAGGACGAGGACAACGCUGAUGAGCUGGAGAUGUCUGGUUCCAUUAUCUACACGGUGGAGCUAAAGCGUUACAACGGCCCGUUGGGUAUCACCAUCUCAGGCACAGAGGAGCCCUUUGACCCCAUCGUCAUCUCAGGCCUCACCAAGAAUGGCCUGGCUGAAAGGACUGGUGCCAUCCAUAUAGGGGACCGUGUCUUGGCCAUUAACUGUGUGAGUCUGAAGGGGAAACCACUGAGUGAGGCCAUCCAUCUGCUCCAGAUGGCCGGAGAGACGGUCACCCUCAAGAUAAAAAAACGGCAAGACGAAUCAGAUGUGCAGCAGAUGUCCGAGCAGGCAGGGUUCCUGAGCGACACAGAGGAUGAGCUGACUGACUCUCAGAAGACCAGUAAACAUUCAGGGGUGUACUCUGCCACCGUGCCCAGCAUGGACUCUGCCAUGAGCUCCUGGGACGGCUCCGGCAUCGACGCUGACUACGGCAGCCAAGGAACGUAUCUCCACAGAGCUGCAGAUUUGACUUUCCAGCCUAAUGAGUGGAGACGCACCAAACCACCCAGGACCCAACCCAACUCCAUCUCCACUGGCCUUACCGGCCUUACCCACCACUCUCACCUCUACGAUGGGAGAUACACUGAGGAUGACUGGGAUACGGCUGCUGGAUACGCCAGCCCCCCUAGUUACCAUGGCACCCGGAAACAGGAGGAUAGCUUCUGGUCCCAGGCACUGCAGGACCUAGAGACCUGCGGCCAAUCAGAGAUACUCAGGGAGCUGGAGGCGUCCAUGACUGGCAGCACUCUCAGCCUGUAUCUGGAGGAAACGAGGUCCCAGGAUGACUCAGUGCUACAGAGCAGAAUCAGUCCUGUGAAGAGGGGUCCCAUUCAUGACGAGCCUAAAACCAAAAGCAACCUGCAGAGGUCAAACAGGACCAGGGACACACCACCCAGGGGGAGAGGGGAGCCCCAGGAGACCAGCUCCCCUACAACCCUGGAACUACUGAAGGUGACCCUGAGGAAGGACCCAGACUGUGGAGACUUCGGCUUCAGUGUGUCAGACGGCCUCCUGGAGAAGGGUGCCUACGUCAACAUGAUCCGACCAGAUGGUCCUGCCGACCAGGCCGGAUUGAAACCCUACGACCGCAUUCUGCAGGUGAACCGAGCAAGGACCAGAGACUUUGACUGCUGCCUGACCGUCCCCCUCAUCACUGAAGCAGGAGACAGCUUGGACCUGGUAAUCAGAAGGAACCCCCUGGCACAGGCAGAUAAUGGGCCGCCACAAGACUGUGAGGACCCCUCUGAUUCACUGUUGGACUUCCCAUAUUACAUGACCAACAGUAUCGCCCUGUGACCAAGGUCCAGGUGGGAGAUUAAGGGAGAUGAAUCCAGGGUGGAUUAAUAGGCACUGCACAUUACACACACUGAUUUUGUUUCAUAUCUCUUGUACAGACACACACACAGAACCACAUUCACACAUGAGCAUACAUUUGUAUGUGAAUAUUCACGCAGACACACUGUCAUUCACACUGUGUGACCAGUGUUAGUCAGUCUAAUCAUGUGAUCUAGAGCAGAGGAGACUCUGUCAGGCUCCUAGGCUGUUCUGGAAAAAACACAUUUCAUUACGGAACAGCUUCUGGAUAACAACACUAGCGUCGCUCAGUUCUGCAGAAAUCUUAGAGAAACACUUCCAUCCCAGAGAAGCAGGUGUGUUUGCCACACCACCGCAUUUAUUUACAUUUUAUUUAUUGUGUGUUUAAUUGACCCUCUGUGACCUUUUGCUGGGUAUUGGUGCAGUUACAUGUACACACACACUUGACACACGAACGUGGGCACAUGCUGUGCUAGACUAUUAUUUAAGCCAUGGGUUGGCUGGCUGCCUUCUCUUUCCCCUCCUUGCCCACAUUGCCAACCCCAAGCAAAAACAGCUAACUAGCACCUCCAAAUAGAUAGAAUGCUAAACUGUCACUCACUGUUACUUGCCAAGCAUUGCAAAUAUUUCUAUUUUAGAUCCCCCCCACUCUAUCCUGAAGUCUAAAAUGUUUGUGAAAAUGGACUUGGUGACUCAGGUCCAGGCUUUAUCCUUGUUAUUAAAUGGCCAUCAUAUGAAGGACAAAUACUUACGAACGACUGUUUUAUCACACCUUCUACUUUGUCCACAACAAAAGUUACAUUUCAGAAUGUUUCUUUUUCUCAUUACAUUUCUCACACUGUUAAUAGCUACUGGAUAGACAGGGCAGAAGUGUGUAAUUCAUACUUUUGGGAUCAGUGUUUUUGUUUCGCAAGGUUCUUGUCCAUGGUUUUAUGUAAUCAAGUUCACUAUAUUUAUUUUACCAAGCCACACUUUUGUUGCUAGCAUGCACUGGUAGUUCACCUAAAUGAGAUCCAUGCACUGGUAGUUCACCUAAAUGAGAUCCAUGCACUGGUAGUUCACCUAAAUGAGAUCCAUGCACUGGUAGUUCACCCAAAUGAGAUCCAUGCACUGGUAGUUCACCCAAAUCAGAUCCGUGCACUGGUAGUUCACCCAAAUCAGAUCUGUGCACUGGUAGUUCGCCCAAAUCAGAUCUGUGCACUGGUAGUUCGCCCAAAUCAGAUCCGUGCACUGGUAGUUCGCCCAAAUCAGAUCCGUGCACUGGUAGUUCGCCCAAAUCAGAUCCGUGCACUGGUAGUUCGCCCAAAUCAGAUCCGUGCACUGGUAGUUCGCCCAAAUCAGAUCUGUGCACUGGUAGUUCGCCCAAAUCAGAUCUGUGCACUGGUAGUUCACCCAAAUCAGAUCUGUGCACUGGUAGUUCACCCAAAUCAGAUCCGUGCACUGGUAGUUCACCCAAAUCAGAUCUGUGCACUGGUAGUUCACCCAAAUCAGAUCUGUGCACUGGUAGUUCACCCAAAUCAGAUCUGUGCACUAGAUUCUAUUGUACCACGAUUGGUGAUAGUCACAUUAUUUUGAAAAGCUUUGUCACCCACUAAAGGAGUGUUCCUUAUCAUAAACACACUACUUGAUUGUGUUGUUCAGGUCACAUCUCUUUAGAUUCACCCUCAAUAUCAGCAUCUCCCAUGUGAGGCCAGGAGUUUGUCCUGACUAGGAAAAGCUCCUGGCUCUAGUCCUAUGUAUACACGUUUCAGAAGGCAUUAUACCAGAGUAUCAACUCUCAGGAGUCCAGGGUGUGGUUUCCCCACAAACACUCUUAAGUGGAUCACGUCCCCUGCCAAAUGUGGAAUAAAAUACAUUUCAAUUGAGAUGAGUGAUUUCCUUUAAAACCAUUUUCAUGUAUCCGUUAAGGCCCCAACUCAAUAAGGUGUGGCCUUGGAUUAGAGUAUUUUUCUGAACCUCCAUGGCUGUUUCUCCCACCCAUGUUGGUAAGCAUGUAGUUAUAGGAUUUAAUGCCCCACCUAGUAGAAAGCUCACAUUGUUCACAAGGGGAAAUUGUGGAACAUUUCUGCGCUGAACAAUUGCCAUCUCUUUCCUACUCCGUCAGACAGAAUGUUCCUCGGAGAUGUUUCCGUUUUAUCAUGACAUUGUAUGGUUUUAUAAAGCUCUUACAUAACAUGUCUAACCCUGGCCUGCUUACCAAGCUGCCUCAGUGGAAAUAAGAUGAUUUGUUUAAUUUAAUGUAAUGGCUGGUGUAGAGAUGUAGUGAGACUGCAGUCAUGCUGUCCCGUUCAGGGCUCAACUAUCUGCUUUUUAAUCCUCAGGAAGGAAACCAUGUUUUUAGAUUAUUCCAUCACACAUGAAAAAUGUCCCAUUUGAUACAGAGUACUAUUUUGUUUUUAUACAUUUUAUUUGAGGUGCUUCUGAAUAUUAUUCAGUACACGGUCUGUACAUGGUCUCCCUAUGUAUAAUGUUUUUAUUUGUAAUGACAUUCUGCGUGUGGUUUCUGUAUCUAAGAUGUGACUGAGUGCAGUAUCUGUUCUCUGUACAGUUCUUCUGUUUACAUGGUCCCCCAGCUGCAGCCAAUCAUUGCUAUUUAAGUAGGGGGGUGGAGUGAGCCAAUUUUAAGGAAUUUGUUUUGUGAGAUAUGGAUGAAAUGUUAUUCUUUAAUGAGAUAUUUCCUGCUUUUUAUGAAAAUAAAGAUAUGACUGAUGGGA